AUGGUUAAUGAAAAUGAUGAAAUAAAGGAUGUUGAGGUCCCAGUUAAACUCCUUAGGGACCGUUUGAACCCGUCUAGAGUGAUGCGUGAACCUGGGGUUGUUUUACCGGCCACUAACGUUAAGUUUGAUAUUAAACCUGGGACAUUUAGCAUGCUACAAGAAAGAGCCGGUGAGUGGUAUCUUAUCAUUCCCUCUAAAACAAUCACUACUUGGGAUGGACUUGUAGAGGUUUUCGUUAAGAAAUUCUACCCACACCAUAAGACUGCUGUUGUUCGACAGUCUAUCCAAACCUUUAAGAAGAAAUUAGGUGAACACUUACACGAUUAUGUAGAAAGGUUUAAUGAAUUGUUAUACCGAUGCCCACAUCACGGCUUUGAUAAAGCCCACAUGGCCCAAAUCUUAUACGAGGGCCUUGAUAGUGAGACCAGAAUGCAGGUAGAAACAAUUAGUGGUGUAGAAUUCACCCAUCAAGGCCCAUAUGAAUGUUUUGACGAGUUCAUAGAGUUAGCUGAAAAGACUCGUAAAUGGGCUUCAAUGAGGGAGCCCGAAAUAACUAGGAACCCUAUCCAUAGGGCCAAUAGAGUUGAUAAUGGGUCUGAUAUCCUUAGGCGUCUAGAGGCCUUAGAGAUGAACCAAGGGUCAAACCAUACUAUGAGCUGUAACAGUGAGCCCAGAACCUAUCCAUGUACCAUUUAUGGUGAUCAAACUCAUAUUGGACCUCAUUGUCUCCUUUUUUACCCUAAUGAAACUACCCGUGACCAGGUUAGUGUCCUACAUGGUGGUACCCAUCAAGGUGGCCCAUCUAGCAACCCACCACCAGGUUUUCAUAGGAACCAAACUCAAGCCCAAGAACCAAGCUCAGUGGAUCAUAGGUUCAUAUCUUUAGAGGAGUAUCUUAAACUUUUAGCUCAAAGUGCUGCCCAAAGAAACCAAAAGUUCGAUGACUUUGUCCUAAUGAGUCAGCGUAACCAGCAAAACAAUGCCCAAGCUAUUAGCAACUUAGAGAUUCAAAUAAGUCAACUUUCGAGACGGUUAAAUGAUAGGGAGGACUGGACAUUUCCUAGCCAAACGACUCCAAAUCCUAAAGGAGUUAACCAGGGUAAUCGAUCGGGUAGUUCUAACCACAAUGAACAUAUUAAAGCAAUUAUCACCCUUAGGAGUGGUAAAACUCUAGAGAACUCGGUAGAACCACCCAAGGAUAGUAGUCCAGCUGAAAAUGAGACCGUAGUUGACCAAACUUCGUCCAAAGACCCUAAUGGGACCGAUAGUUCUAAGAGUCCAAGUGAGGAAGAUAUCCCUGAGAGAGUGUACAUACCACCUGCACCAUUUCCUCAAAGACUCGCUAAGAAAAAGUCUAGUACAUAUGCUGAAAUCUUAGACAUCUUUAAGCAAGUUAAGGUCAACCUACCCUUGUUAGAUGCAAUAAAACAUGUACCGGCUAUGGCCAAGUUCCUAAAAGAGAUGUGCACCGUCAAGAGAGAUGUUAAUGUCCAUAAAAAGGCAUUUUUGACCCAACAAGUUAGUUCCAUAAUCUCACAAAAGUACCCAGUCAAAUUUAAAGAUCCCGAUUGUCCUACUGUCACAUGUGUCAUAGGUAGCCAAACUAUAGACAAUGCUCUAUUAGAUCUUAGGGCUAGUGUGAAUCUUUUACCUUUCUCGGUAUAUGAACAACUUGGACUAGGGUAG